UGUGUUUCUCGCGUGGUCAAAGAAUAUUUACGUGCAGCCAGCAGUUCACUUUUCAGUUUUCAUUUUGAAUUCAAUAUUUUUCGAAUUAAAUUUAAAUAGUUCAUUAGUUUGUAGUUUUUUGACGACAUUCUUCCAUCGUAGUUAUUUAUUAGUAUGACUGUUGUAGGAGAACCGACAAAUAUGAACGAAGAUGAAAAACCUCGGACUCUUUUGAUCGGAAAUAUUCCAAGAACUACCCACAAACGCGAAAUUGAAGAAAUUUUUGGAGAGGUCGGCCCCCUGAAGAGAUGCUACAUCCAGUACCCCAGAGACGACAAAAAGAAGCGGCCUGGGGAUCAGUCGAGUACCACUUUGCUCUGCUAUGUCACGUUUGCGCUGGCAGAAGAUGCACUCAAGGCGUUGGAGACGUUAGGAUCCCAUAAAAUUGGAGGAAGUAAAGUUCAUAUCAAAUUCGCAAAAACAAGGAGCGAACAAGUGCGACCUAAAUUUAUUCCGGAUUCAACAACGACUGCAGAUGACAUUGAAGGAGGCCAAGCAAAAGAGGGCAGAAAUAAACGGAAACGGUUCGAUGACAAUGCAGAAGAAGAUGAUGAAACUGCAAAAAUUAAAAAUCCCAAUUUGAUACCCGUCCGCGGAGUGACGCUGGAAAGACCUAAACCACCAAAAGGUCCCAGACCUAAACCCAUCAACAAAAAGUCUCGACUUAUCGUCAGGAAUCUUUCAUUCAAGGUCACGGAUGAAAAGAUGAAAGAGUACUUUGGAGUAUGUGGAGAUAUUAAAGAUAUCAAUAUUCUGAAGAAACCUGACGGUAAACUUGUGGGGUGUGCAUUUGUCCAGUUUGAUACGGUGGCACAAGCUUCCAAAGCAGUUCGGGACCUCAAUUUGAAACCAUUCUUGGGAAGACCAAUUGCUAUUGAUUGGGCCCUACCAAAGAAGGACUUCCAAGAUAAAGAUGGGAAUCCGGGAGAAGGUGCGGAAAGCACCACAGAAGUUGUUAAAGUUGAAAGUGACGACGACAGUGAAGAUGUCAAAAUUAAGCAAGAACCACUUGAUGACGAAAGUUCCACAGUAAUUAAUGAUGACGAUGACGAUGUGAAGUUUAUAAAUCCGUACACUUCAAUGCCUAUGGAUAUUAAGGUUGAGGACGGUGACGAUAAUAGAACAAACAGGAAAAGGAAAAUUAAAGAAGAGAGUGAUGAAGAGGAUCAAGAAGAAGAUUUCGUUGAUAGUGAAGAAGAAGAGGAAGUUAAGCCAAAGAUAAAGAAAAUUCCAAGAAAAUCAAAUGAUGUUGAGGAAGGGAAAACUUUGUUUUUAAGAAAUUUGGACUUUGGUGUAACUGAAGAUGAUCUUAAAUCAUUUUUUGAAGCGUAUGGACAACUUCACUAUUCUCUUUUAUGCAAAGACCAUCUUACUGAGCAUCCCAAAGGGACUGGAUUUGUUAAAUUUAAAAAUUUGGCCGAUGCCAAUAAAUGUCUUACCGAUUUCAAUAUUGAAUCUACAAAGUUUAAGCUAAGCAAUAGAAAUUUUACAAUUGCCGUCGCUUUGCCAAAGGAACGGUUGACGUCUAAUAAUCCAGCCGGUGACAAGAAGGAAGAAAAAAUCAAGCAGGAUAACAGAAAUCUUUAUUUGGUUCGAGAAGGAUUUAUUCGACCACAAAGCAGUGCCGCAGAAGGAGUGUCAAUCAUGGACAUGAAUAAACGAGCUGCUUUAAAUUCGACCAAGAAACAGAUGCUGAAAAACCUUAGCAUUUUUGCAUCGCCCACAAGACUAUGCGUUCAUAAUCUUCCCGUAAAGCUAACCGAUAAGGCCUUGCGAAGACUUUUCAAAAAGUUUUCUUCUGCUGAAGCCAGGAUCACAGAGGCCAGAAUUAUGAGAGACAUGAAGGAUAUUCAGUUGGGUGGAAAAGGCAAGUCCAAGGGAUUUGGUUUCGUUACAUUUAAAGAGCAUGAACAUGCUCUCGCAGCACUUCGGGCGAUCAACAAUAAUCCUGAAGUAUUUUCUCCAGCUCAGAGACCAAUUGUUGAAUUUUCCCUUGAAAAUAGAAAAGCUUUACAAGCCAAGGAAAAGAGGAUGCAAAAAAGUGUCGAAAAUAACAAAAUGGCUCCCAAAAAGAAACCGAAAACUCCCAAAUCCACAACCCAACAACAAUCUGAUAACAACGCCACCGAUUCUCCUGCUCCAAAAUCAGCGAUUGUUUCGAAACCAAAAAAGAAAUCGAAACCCCCCAAAUCCAUAAGCCAACAACAACCUGAAGAGAACGCAUCCGAUUCUCCUGCUCCAAAACCAACGAUUGUUUCGAAACCCAAAAAUAAACCGAAUCCUAAACAACAACAAGGAGUAAAACCUGUUGCAGGAAAUGACAACCAACAACGCCAAUAUACUGGUCUCACAGGCAAACGUGGCAUUUCCAAAUUACCAGUGAUGAAAGCCAAAGGACCUGUUGGGAAAAUCAGCCGCAAAAGCCUCAAGGAUAGCAGAAGUCUUAAGAAAAAAUUGCAAGAAAGAAGAAAUAGAGAACCCCAAAUUAAACCCAAACAGAAAAUUGACAGAUCCGACAAGUCUGAACAGCUCCUUGCGAAACACAAGUCCAACAUGGAAAAAGCUUCAGGUGGAGGAGGAAAGAAAACAAAGUGGUACAAGUAGUUUAGUACUAUUAUAAUUGUGUUGGUAAUUACUACAUAUGCUAUCGUUUGUUUUUUGAGCAAUUAAAUUUCUCAAACCUUAAACAAA